GACUUGUUGAGAUACCAUUGAGUAGACGUCCCAAAUUUGCGUAUUUUUGUGUAAAUCUCAUAUUCAAGAAAACAGUGAAGUGCAGGGGUGUGCAAUAUAGACGAGUAUUAUUGCUUAAAGCCAGUUUUAGAAAACAAAUACAUAUAAAUAUGAAUCCUGAGUAUGACUAUUUAUUUAAGCUUCUUCUCAUUGGUGACUCUGGCGUAGGAAAGUCAUGUUUAUUGCUUAGGUUUGCGGAUGAUACUUAUACAGAAAGCUACAUUAGUACCAUUGGUGUAGAUUUUAAAAUCCGUACAAUAGAUUUAGAUGGAAAGACUAUCAAACUGCAAAUUUGGGACACAGCGGGCCAGGAGAGAUUCAGAACGAUAACAUCCAGUUACUACAGGGGAGCACACGGUAUUAUUGUAGUGUACGAUUGCACAGAUCAAGACUCCUUCAACAACGUGAAACAAUGGCUCGAAGAAAUUGACCGCUACGCAUGCGACAAUGUUAACAAAUUGUUAGUGGGCAACAAGAGCGACCUCACGACUAAGAAGGUCGUUGAUUUCACCACGGCUAAGGAAUAUGCGGAUCAGUUGGGUAUUCCAUUCCUGGAAACGUCGGCAAAGAACGCAUUGAACGUUGAACAAGCUUUUAUGACGAUGGCGGCCGAAAUCAAGAACCGAGUGGGGCCACCAUCCUCCGCUGCUGACCAGGCCAACAAAGUCAAAAUCGAUCAGGGACGGCCAAUUGAGACCACAAAGUCAGGAUGUUGCUGAGCAAUUAUUAAAAUGGUUUAAGGUGGUCAUUUCUCCUCAUUAUUUUGUACAGUAGCUGUUCAAAUACAAAUUCAUAUAAUAUCCGUCUCUAAGUAUAGAUAAUUUUCAUUACGAUUUUCAUUUGACAGUUUCAAAAUUCAUUUGUUAAAAAAAAAAUAAAACACCAAUACAAUUUAGCCUAAUUAUUAACUUUCCCUUCUAGCGAAUUUUUGAUUUUAUGUAAUAUAUUUAUUAACAGCUUAAAUUUAAUAUGUAUAGACUUUUUGGGAACAAAGAAUAUCCACGAUAAUAGCGGAUUUAGGGAAAAUGUUUGUUGAACCUUUUGUAUGCAGUGAUUAAUUUGUAAUUCUUUGUUUCUAAAAAUGAAUUUUCUGUUGAUACAAUUUAUUUAAAAUAUACUUCACUUGAAAUAUAAAAUUUGUUUUAAUGAGUCCUUAAAUCAUAGAUUUGUAAUGUUUGUAAGCAGUGUAUUUCAAAAUUCACACAGAGUAAUAUUCAUUAAUGUUUUUAAUUUGAUCAGUUAACAAUGUGUAUUUCUCUGUAGAAUAUUUAUAAAUCAAAAAUUUAAAAAAGAAUUCCGACUGAGUUUUUGUAUUUGCCUGUGUUGAAAUUUGUAUGUAAAUCAUAAGAAAGCACUAUGAUAUGCUAAUAGUCGUUAAGCACUUUUUCAUUUUGGAAUCAUUAUUUCAAAAGAAACAAUGUUCUCCAGUUUAGGUUUUAAAAUUUGUAUGAUAUAGUAUAACAUAAAACUUUGUAAUAAGUUCUUAUUUUGUAGUUGAUAUUUAUAUGAUUGUAUGGAAACAAUUAAAAUUGGAAACAAUAA